AUGACAAGUUUCCGCUUCACGGAGACCCUUAUGGCGAUCGCCCUCUUCUUCUCUACAGCAGCUGGAAAUCCUUAUGACAAAUGUGUGUACACAAUUUAUGUAAAGACGGGAUCGAUCAUCAAGGCAGGCACAGACUCAAAGAUAAGCAUGACCCUCGGUGAUUUCUCCGGCCGGUCUGUAUGGGUGCCGGAUCUUAGGUCAUGGGGCCUAAUGGGGCCACACUACGACUACUUUGAGCGUGGCAACCUGGACGUGUUUAGCGUACGUGGUCCAUGCAUGGAUGCACCAGUGUGCCGGCUCACGCUCACCUCCAACGGGUUUGGUGCACACGCCGGGUGGUACUGCGACCAUGUGGAGGUUACUGCCACGGCGCCUAACACUGCAUGUUCGAAAUCCAUAUUCUAUGUUCAACAAUGGUUGUCCAACGAUGUUGCUCCAUAUCAGAUGACUGCAACUCGCGAUGCAUGUAAUCCGUGGAAUGUCAAUGCCGGUGCAGAUCAGCGGGGGAAAGAUGGGAAGUUUGUUGUGGAGUAUCCCAAGAGAUAUGCUUGAUUGUUAUUUGUUGGGAUGAAUAAUGACUAGUUGAAUAGAAGUAUUUAAUUUGGUGCUUUGGUUUGUCGGGAUUAUUUAUUUUUUAUUUUUUAUUUGGAUCCGAAAAUGUUUUGUUGUUCUUUUCUACUUAGAGGAAAUGGUCCUGAUCUGUAGUUGGGAGUUUGUUUUUUCGGAGGCUUAAUUAUCAUUAAUCUAUGAAAAAUUAACAAUGUUGAUCUCAUUUUGUUCAUUCACUAUUCCAAAUACAAGUUAGUUCGCUUCACCAUUCACGGGUAAACUUAAUUUUGGUCACUGACAUUGAUGUGGUAAUGCUCUAGGUUCGAUAGUGUAAAAUGUGAACUACUUGAUUGUGGCCAUAAGUAAGGUGUAAUUCCCAACUAGCCUCCUUUAGGUCCGAAAGGAGUGGUAAUCGUGUAUGACCUAAAUCCAUCUGCUUUUCA